AACAUCAGUCGACCACCUAUUGCAUGGACCCAACCCAAAGCGAAAGACAGCAUCAUCUCUGCAACACUUUCCACCACAUUCCCCGCUUAUCCCCAUUGCUAAACCUACAGUGACCCAGACACAGUUACAGUCAUCUUGGAAGAGAUGUAGGCUCUCAACCUCCACUUCCAUUACCCACUUCAAUUCAAGUCUCCCAGUGCCUCCACCUCCUCUACCUCCACUUGUGUUUCUUGUCUCACCAUGAUCUACAGUGACCCAGACACAGUUGCAUUUAUGAGUCCACCAUGAACCAGUUGUAUUUCCUGUCUCCUCUAACUCCACUUGUAUUUCUUGUCUCACUGUGAUCCCUGACACACGCACUCACAGCUCGUCUCUGCAUUGGAUUCAACUCGUUUCAGCUGAUCUCUCGGAUUUCCUUUCUGAUCCAUGUGUGCAUGAGCUCAUCGGAGACAGCUCCUUUGCAUCCUCGAUGGACCCUCAGAGCUUCCACCCUUCCCUGAAGUCACGGCCUCUACCACCGUCUCCUUCUUCACUCACCAGCUUCCCCAUCCUGGCCAUCUCCAUUGUCGGAAUCGUCACCACUUCCGUCCUCCUCCUCAGCUACUACGUCUUCGUCAUAAAGUGCUGCUUGAACUGGCACCGCUCCGACGUUGUCAGCCGGCUCUCCAGGUCCCGACGACGCCGCCGGCGGGCUGGCCCAUUCAUGGCCCUCUCCAACACAGCCAAAGGACUCGGCCUCGAUGAAUCGACAAUUCAGGCAAUCCCAACCUUUCGGUAUCGGGAAGAAGCUGACAGCGUUGCUGAGUGCGCUGUCUGCCUGAAUGGAUUCCAUGACGAAGAGAGGAUUAAGCUGCUGCCUGAUUGCUUCCAUGUCUUCCAUAUAGACUGCAUCGAUACUUGGCUUCAAGCCAACGCCAACUGCCCACUCUGCAGGUCGAGCAUCACAGCUCCGAUUCCAACUGAUCAUCUAAUGGCUUUAGUUCCAAGUUCUGAUCCAUACCGGAGAAAUGAUGCAGUGGUAGAAGUAAGAGACUUCGGAAGUGAUCUUGUCGGAUCACUCACCACCACUAACACGACUUCUCCAUGGAAAACAGAGCAGAGAUUGGGACACAAGAAGGGGAGGAAGCUCCAAUACCUUAGCAGCAUGGGGGAUGAGUGCAUUGACCUGAGGGAGAAAGACGAGCAGUUCUGCGUCCAGCGCAUGAGGAGGUCCUUCUCCAUGGGCUCUUCAGGUGACAGGCAGCUCGACAUGGAACUUCAGAAGAUCUUGCAGCAGAACUCGCAUCUCCAAGACGUCAACGGAGAGAUAAGCAGCAGCUCUGGCAGAUACCAGAGGUCCUUCUUCUCGUUCGGCCCGAGCUCGCCCAGCGCUGUCCUUCCCCUCCAAAUUGAGCUGAGAUCAAAGAGAAACCUUGCUUCUUUGUUAUUGGAGGUCUUCUAUUAGAAUUCCAUGUCAGUACAUAAGGGUGUGUAGAGAUUGGACUUCAACUUAAAAUGUAGAUUAUGGAAUUAAUAGUCCAAUCUUUUGCGCGUUCUUUGUGGCAUUAUUGCCACAUUAGAUCCAAAAAAAUCUCUCUUUUUUGCCUUAUGGUAUGAACAUGCUCAAACUGUUGCCCAUAAAAGCUUAGAAUAAUGCUGAUAAGUCUG